AUGAUGGGCGAGGCUGCGGAGACGAACCCUACCACGCUUCAGCCUCUGACGGAGGACCACCGGAAGCUUAUUUUCUCCUUCAUACGCGUGCUUCGCGAGGUGGAUUCGCCCAACCCGGAGCGCGCGAGCGCCAUUAUCCAGCUGCUUGGUGAAGAGUACAGCGUCGACCCCGCUGGCGUCGGCGGCUCCCACGACGCCGAAGUGGAUCUUCUGAAGGUUUUCCGCCAGGCGCUACAGAGCCACAAGUCGGAGGAAAACGAACAGCAGAAGGAGAAGUUCAAGGCGUUUCUUGAACUCAUUGAAAAGAAGGGCUACUUUGCAGGUGCGGAGCCCGGGACGGAAGAGUACGCAAGCCGCCUGGAGAAGGCGAAACAAAAGUUCGAGCUAAGGAACAACCCAUACCAGGGGAAGAGCGCCGAAGAGAUUAAGAACAAGGGCAAUGAACUGAUGGGCAUGUCAAAGUACAAGGAGGCGAUCGCGUACUACACCAAGGCCAUCGAGAUGGAACCCAAGAAUCAUGUUUUUUUUGCCAACCGUGCUGCUGCACACACGCACUUAAAGGACUAUAAUAGUGCGAUUAUUGACUGCGAACACGCCAUUGCCCUCAGUCCAGAUUACUCUAAGGCGUACUCGCGUUUGGGUACGGCACUUUUUUACCAGGAAAAGUAUGUGCGCGCCGUGGACGCCUUUUCAAGGGCAUGUGAACUUGACCCCGCGAAUGAUCGGUACAAGGAAGACUUGAAACAAGCGGAGGAGAAGGUCAAAAUGGUGGGAUCUGCUACUACAGGAGGUGCUUCGGCGGGUGGUUUUCCCUUUGCGGGAGGGAUGCCAGAUUUCACGCAGAUCUCACAAAUGAUGAACAAUCCCCAGUUUCUUGAGGCAACCACACGCAUGAUGCAAAAUCCACAAUUCAGCCAGAUGGUAGCAAACAUGGCGUCAAGCCUUGGCGGUGGGGCAGCGAAUCCGGCAGAGCUCCUUCAAUCCCUUGGGAGUAUGACCAGGAAUGAGAUGAACAGUGACGGUCUGCUGCAGACCCCGUUUGGAAACAUUGACCGUGAAAGCCUUGAGAGACUUCAGCAGGAGGAGGUACAGAACAAUCCCAAGUUCCGCGCCAUCAUGGACGACGUGCGGCAAAACGGAUUUGCUGCCUUCCAGAAAUACAUUGGGGACCCUGACGUCAUGGAUUUAAUGAUUCGCUUCCAAAACACCGUCAUGAAUUCCGGCAACGCGAACUCGUCCCCUCAAUAA